AUGCCUCAAACGGUAGGCAAAUAUGACGGUCUAGGCGACCCUGAUGACCACCUUAACCUAUUCAAAAGUGCCGGCGAAGUAGCCUGUUGGUCCAUGCCUCUAUGGUGCAAAAUGUUUAUGCAAACGCUGAUAGGCGCGGACCGAGUCUGGUGGGACAGUCUGCCCACCGGAGAAAUAGACAGUUUUGAAGAUUUAGAAUCCAAAUUUAUCCUACAGUUCAGCCAGCAGCGCAGACACACGAAGGAUAGAAAUGAGCUCCUCCACAUCCGCCGGCGAGACAAUGAAACGGUGGAAAAUUUUAUCGUCAGGUUCAAUAAGGAAAGCCUGACAAUCCCGGGGGUGACAAACGACCUGGCAUGUGGAGCUUUCCUACAGGGAGUAAAUGAUGAUGAGUUGUUAAGAACACUUCACGGAAGGGAUGGCGUGCCUCCCACAAUAGACGAAAUACUUCGAAUCGCCAAAGUUUGUGUCAUACAAGAGAAGGCAGUGGCAGCCAGUCACGCGGUUAACAGGAAAAAGGAAGCUCUAAAAAACCAGGAAGAGAGGGAGCACCGGGGGUCCAGAGGUAAAGGCAGAGGAGACCGAUACCAAAGGAAUGAUAAAGCAGACACGCGGUAUGACAGACACCGAAACUCCUAUUCGAAGAACGAGCCCUCGAAACCUCGAUCCGGCUACCCCAACCUGAGCAAGACACCGGCAGAGAUCUUAGCCUCGGAGAACCUCAAGUUCAACCCUCCAAAGCCGCUGAAAGAUAAUCCCAACAAAUAUACGAGUAAGUACUGUGAAUACCAUAAGGGGAGCGGUCAUGACACCAACGACUGUUUUCAGCUAAAAAAACAGAUCGAAUAUUUUGUAAAGGCGGGCAAAUUGGCACACCUAGUAAGAGAUAUCAAGCAGGGCCCACCCGUCGUCAAGGAAGAAAAUGAUAAGGCGCCGGGUAAGAGGCCGCGAGAAUUGAAUAUGGUACACGCGGAUAUGGGAAAAGGGGUAAAACGGAGUUUCUCCACGCUUAAACCCUGGAUGCUAGCAACAAUGACUAUCAAACCUCGUAUGGAGGACUUACACCUCACAACUGAUCCCCUAAUUAUAUCCGCUGCAGUAGGAGAUUACCGCAUGAGGCGAAUCCUGGUCGACACCGGGAGCUCAGAAGACAUUAUCUAUGAACAUUGCUUCAAUAGAACGCAAUCGGAAGAUAGAAAACUGCUUGAAUCAGUGCAUGCUCCCAUUAAAGGAUUCACAGGUGAAAAAGUUGACCCUAUUGGUCAGAUCACUUUCCCGGUCACAUUUGGACAAGAACCAAGAGAAAGAACCAUACUCCUAACUUUCCUUGUGGUCCGCGCUGAGUCAUACCACAAUUUGAUUAUUGGAAGGUUCACUCUGGGGAAGCUGGACGCUAUAGUUUCUACAGCACGAGGAUUCAUGAAGUUCCCUACCCCGCGGGGUAUUGCAACAGUGUUUCGUGACAAGAUUGGAGAGGUGUUAAGCACCAAAAGAUGCCGCCAAGGGCCCACCGGAGCUACUGGUCCAGAAAGAUGGGUACUAAGCAUACGCCAUCCGGACCAAACGGUCACAAUCGGAGACAGCCUCUCUCCAGAAAUUAAAAAUGACCUGAAGCAACUGCUAAGAAGAAAUGUCGAUAUCUUCGCCUUUGAACAUUCUGACAUGACAGGAAUCCCCCGCGAUAAGGCAGAGCAUAAGCUAGCAACGCUCCCAGGCAUUAAGCCAGUCGCACAAGGUAAACGCAGUAUGGCCCCAGAUCGAAAGGCAGCGGUUGUCAAAGAAGUACGAAAAUUGGUGGAAGCUGGAAUCCUCAGAUAA